AUUAUACUGGAUGCCCGUUGAACGACCGCCAGAACCGUACCGAGCUAUGUUGCCGGAAACCGCGCGGAUACGUCUGACCGAUGGGGACCUCCAUCUCGACAAAUCAACCUCAGGUCACCGUGUCGCCAAUCGUGGACUGGGAACAAGCUGGGUGGUACCCCGAGUAUCUGGAAUACUGCAAGGCCAUGAUCGUUGGGCGUACGGUGAUGAAUGGCGGGAGGACGGUUAGGUAAACAUUCCGCUUCAGCCGUAUGAGCAGGAGUUCGAGGCCUUAGAGGAA